AUCCAGUCCACGUCGACCUUCUCUUUCCCAGCCAGACACCAGGAUGCGAUUCUGGUGCCUCGGACCCAAUUCGACAUGGAGGUGACCCUCAGACGCACAGCGGCAGCCAUAGCCCGCAACAACAACGGCCUCCGACCCGCCGCAGCAGCACUCACUGCAGCUCCCAGCUCCCGUCACUUCUCCCUCUCGAGCCUCACCCGCCCGCCGCCCAACUACCCCGGCCAUGUUCCGCUCACCAGGAUCGAGAAGGCCGCGUUGGCCAUUGGUUCCGGGCUCAUGUCCCUUCGCGACCCGCGACGAGGAGACCUAAUCGCCGCCUUCGCCGAAGCCACCGCAACCCCCUACUUCAUCUACCGCCUGCGCGACGCGAUGCUCGCCUCACCCACGGGCCGGCGAAUCCUGCGCGACCGACCGCGCAUCACAUCCACCUCCCUCAACCUCCCCCACCUCCGCUCCCUCCCACCAGGCAGCGUAGGACGCACAUACGUAGCGUGGCUGGACCGCGAGGGCGUGUCGCCCGACACGCGGUCGGCGGUGCGGUACAUCGACGACGCCGAGUGCGCCUACGUGAUGCAGCGCUACCGCGAGUGCCACGACUUCUACCACGCGCUGACGGGCCUGCCCGUCGUGCGCGAGGGCGAGGUCGCGCUGAAGGCGUUCGAGUUUGCGAAUACCCUGCUGCCGAUGACGGGGCUGAGCGUGUUCGCGGCCGCGACGCUUAAAAGGAGUGAGCGGAAAAGGUUUGGGGAUAUUUAUUUGCCGUGGGCGCUGCGGAAUGGGCUGCGGGCGGCGGAGGUGAUUAAUGUGUACUGGGAGGAGCAGCUGGAGAGGGAUGUCGGGGAGUUGAGGAGGGAGUUGGGGGUGGAGCCGCCGCCGGAUUUGAGGGAUAUACGGAAGAGGGAGAGAGAGGAGAGGCGGAGGAGGAAGGAGGAGCAGGCCGCGAGGGAUGGGGGGGUGUAGAGGUACCGAGUGGAUAGAGGGGACGGGGUGUACGAAACAUUUUUGGUGUUGAUCAUUUGUAGGAUUAUAAGAGCUGUACGAUACUAUGUUGUAGGAGUAACACUCAUAAGCUCAGAAAUUAAUCCGUCCAUCCACCCAGUACAAUAAGGGAGCUAAAUCCCGAGAACCAUACGUGACCACAAACCAAGCCAGCUCCCUCCCCCCCCCCCCCCCCCC